GCAUCAGCUGAGCUGCUGAAUUCAGGAACCCCCUCAUCCAGACCACAACCAUGGCCACCUCGGCAAGCUCCCAACUCAGCAAAGCCAUUAAGCAUAUGUACAUGAAGCUGCCGCAGGGAGAGAAGGUCCAAGCCAUGUACAUCUGGAUUGAUGGGACAGGGGAGCACCUCCGCUGCAAAACCCGCACGCUGGACCAUGAGCCCAAGAGCCUUGAAGAUCUCCCUGAGUGGAAUUUUGAUGGCUCCAGCACCUUCCAGGCUGAAGGCUCCAACAGUGACAUGUACCUGCGACCUGCUGCCAUGUUUCGGGACCCUUUUCGCAAGGAUCCAAAUAAACUAGUUCUCUGUGAGGUCUUCAAGUACAACCGGCAGUCUGCAGAGUCAAAUCUCCGACACACCUGCAGACGAAUUAUGGAUAUGGUAUCCAACCAGCAUCCCUGGUUUGGGAUGGAGCAAGAGUACACUCUUCUGGGGACAGAUGGACAUCCAUUUGGAUGGCCUUCCAAUGGCUUCCCUGGACCCCAAGGUCCAUACUACUGUGGUGUAGGGGCAGAUAAAGCCUAUGGCAGAGACAUUGUGGAGGCCCACUACCGAGCGUGCCUUUAUGCUGGUGUUAAAAUUGGAGGAACCAAUGCAGAAGUGAUGCCAGCCCAGUGGGAGUUCCAGGUGGGACCAUGUGAAGGGAUUGAGAUGGGGGAUCACCUCUGGAUUGCACGCUUCAUCCUCCAUCGGGUGUGUGAAGACUUCGGUGUUGUUGUGUCUUUCGAUCCCAAACCCAUCCCUGGGAACUGGAACGGUGCUGGCUGUCAUACCAACUUCAGCACCAAGAGCAUGAGGGAAGAAGGAGGUCUCAAGUACAUUGAAGAGGCCAUUGAGAAGCUGAGCAAGCGUCACCAGUACCACAUCCGUGCCUACGACCCCAAAGGGGGGCUCGACAAUGCCAGGCGCCUGACUGGUUUCCACGAGACAUCCAACAUCCAUGAGUUCUCCGCUGGCGUGGCCAAUCGCGGUGCCAGCAUCCGUAUCCCCAGGAAUGUGGGCCAGGAGAAGAAGGGCUACUUUGAGGACCGUCGACCCUCUGCCAACUGUGAUCCUUACGCUGUGACAGAGGCCCUCAUCCGCACAUGUCUCCUCAACGAAACUGGAGAUGAGCCUUUUGAGUACAAAAACUAAGCAGACUGCGCCCAUAGGCAUCACCUCCCCUCCACACUUCCCACUCCCCUAAACUUCCCUUCUAGGUGUAAUCCCAAGGGUACAGGAUAACACAUUUUGUGUCUCAGUAACUCUUGUUGUCUUGAGGUAGGGAGGAGGGCAAAUUUAGUUAUAUCAAUUUCUGCUUGUCGUUGACUCUUCAGAAGACAAGGAGAGGAUGUUAGAGAAGUUUUAACCACUGUUUUAUUUUUUGUCUAAUUCAUGUGAACAUCUUGCGAGAUCCAGUGGCUUCCAGGAACAGACUACACAGGCAAAAAGCUGGUAGGUGAGUGGAAAGCUUAAAACUACAGUUGACUUCCCCAAGGAUCAAAUUUGGCUUGUUGCCUCCGCUGCUGGCUCUCUGCAGACUAAUGGUUCUCUAAGGUUGGUUCCAUUCUGUAGAGAAGGGAAGACAGGAGCUAUGAUGUAGCCCUAUGUGCUCCUAGCUGUAUUGUGUGAUGGGGAGAUCUUCACCCUCUAGUUGCUCUGAGGUUCCAGGUAAUUGUCUGGCACAUUGAGCUACGCACAGGAGUGGUUCUGUCACUGCAAGUCACCUGAUCUCUGUCUCAUAACACAGAGUGAAGUAGUAUUUUUAUAUUUAAAUAUAAAAACGACAAAAAAAUUAUAUAUAAAGUGUUUCUUUAAAAAAAUACAAAAUAGAUGGCUUACCCAGUUGGAGCAGGCAGAGCUGCUGUGGAUGUGGUCAGAGGGCCACCAGGUGGGACUGAGGGUGAGAUGAGUGGAUGAGACUUGGAUGAGAUUUGUUUCGGCAUGGAUUGGAAUUUGCAAGAGGUAGUUCCCAGACUCUGGAAGCCCGUAACUAGAGCAGCUGCAGUGUGCUCAUUAGCGUGUAGAUCAACAGGAGGAAAGUUGUCUUGAACUGAGAGCUGACCAGUCGACUGCAUUCUGGUCAGAGCUGUGGAUGUUUUACCUUUCCAGCAGGGUUAGCAUGUCACUAAAGCAGGGCUUUUGAUAAAGGAAAAAAAAAAGUUUCAGAUACUACUUUUUUUUUUUUUUUUAAUUUCCCAAGGUUCUUAGUUUCUAAAGCUGAGUGGUUUUACCGAGACCAUUAAUGUCACUGUUGUGUCUUGGCUGCUGGGCUGCCUGCUUUCCAGCUGUGAUGGGGGCUAGGAGAAGAGAGAGGCCACCUGUCCCUCCUGGCCAGCCCAGGCACCUCCCAGCUUGUGCUGGUGAGUUCAGAUGUCCCAGAAUUUUACAUUCGGGUAUCUUAGAUGGUGCCAUUUCUAUUCUGUUGCAUUUGGAUUUCUGCUGAAUAGUUGUUAGUUUUUUUGGGGGUUGUUUUUUUUUUUUUUUUUACAAUAAAAAACAAAAUCUUAAUUCUGACUUGUGCAUCAUUCUUGUGAUUCAGCCUGGCAGCUGCCUUUGUAUGCAUGUUGCCUUCACUGUUUGAAGGGAAUUUGACCCUGAUAGUGGGUAGGCUUUGGCUUUCAUUUGUGGGGUGGGUUUUUUGGGCAGUGGUCUUGCAAUCUGUGUGUGCUCCCCAGAAAAUGGGGUUUUGUAGGUGAUGGUUGUUUCUCCAGCUGUGACUGGAGUGGGCUUUUCUUGGUGUGGGAAAGGGACUGAGCUUGUGACCAUCCAUAGAGAGGGUUAUGGGAUAAGUAUGGGCGUUUGUGAAUCUUUCCAGCCUCCUCCAUACAAGUUCUACAGGAUUUAGAAAUCCCACAGAAAACAAAAUUCCAGCAAACCACAAAAAAAAGGGUUUGUGGAAGAGGACCCUUUCCCGCUCUCCCUAUGGAGAAAAUGCUGCUCCAUAAACAACAUUGUGC